UGAUUUGAUUGUUAAAAGCAGCUGUGUAUGGGCAGUCCAUGACAGGUGCCAGACCCAUUUCACAAUCUAAAACAAAGAAACAGGCGACAACAUUGGGUCAACUCCUGUAACCGCGAGCUUCAUUGUGUGACCAACCUGCAGCCGGCCGAGAUGCCUCUGAACGCAGGAGAAAGCGGCUACGGCAGCGUGCCCGGAGCUGGACUGUCGGGCGGUGUGGGAACGUCGGAAACGGCGCCUCUGCUCAUCCCAGAACCAGAGCCGGAACCGGUGUAUGAGUGGCAUCCUAUGGCUAGAGCGGAGCUGGAGGCCGCCGCAGGAGGUCCUGGAUGGAGGAGAGUCCGUUGUUACAUGGUGGUGCUGUUCUGGUUUACCUGGGUGGCCAUGCUUGCUGUUUCCAUCUCCAUAAUCGUGAUUAGCCCCCGACCGGUUGGGAGGUCGCUCACAUGGUGGCAGAGGUCUCUGUUUUACGAGCUGCAACUCGACCUGGAGGCUCAGGCUGAGGGGUCAGAUGGCAUCAACGCGGUGUGCGAGCGCCUUCCCUACCUCAAGUCCUUGGGUGUCAGCGCUCUAAUCCUGGAGGGUGUGUUUCAAAAGAAGACAUCGCCUUCAAACCUCACUGUCACUGCUGAAAACAUGGAAACACUGGCUCAGAUCCAACAUCUGCUCAUGGAGAGCUACAAAGCAGAUCUCAAAGUGAUGUUGGACUUUUGUAAAGUGGAUCCUUUGGUACUUAAGGAUGUUGCAGGAAGCCUGGACAAGCUGUCGAACCAGUCAGCUGCUCUUCAGCAUGCAUUAAGGUUCUGGUUGGAGCAAGGUGUAGCAGGUUUUCUCAUAUGUGACACAGAUGCAGCAUAUUCAGAAGAGACUCUCCUAGAGUGGAGGAGUGUUCUUGAGGAAUUCAGCACUCGGGAGGAGGAAAGGAUUGUGGUGGUAAAGCAGACAGGAGAUGCUUUGCUUCCAUUAAAUGACUCCAGUCACAGCAACGUCACACUGGUGAAUGUAGUCAUAAGGUCCAUUUUGCCGCACUCGGAUCACCCGCUGUCUACUCAGGAAGUGGCUGAUGCUAUAAAGACACAGCUCCAAACAGAGGAGGAAGAGGAAGACAUAUGGCCAAGCUGGACUGUUGGAGGUCAAACAUCUCAUGAACUGAAGAGGUUACUCCUGGUGUUGAUGAUGACUUUGCCUGGAUCUCCUGCCAUCCAGUAUAAUGAAGAGAUUGAUCAAACACAGACUGAGCCUCUGGAAAGAGGAUCAUCACAAAAAGAAAGGGAUGAGCCAUCAAACGCCCACAGGAACAAGGAGAAGACAAGGAGUUCAGUUCUUGCUCUCUUUACCACCCUCAGCAACUCCAAGGCCAGAGAAGAAGCCCUUCUGUACGGCAGCCUCACUUUCCUCCCCUUUAACACCUCCUCAAACUUUUCUUCCUCCACCAAUGCCACUGUUUCCUUUCCUUCAUCUCCUCCUAUACUGGCCUUUCUUCGCUCCUGGGGCUGUGUCCACUUCCUUGUUCUCCUCAAUGUUGGGGCCAAGCCUCAAUCCCUGGAUCCUGUUUGGGCCCAGAACCUGCCUGAAACAGGAGUGUUUGUGGCCAGCUCAGGGAUGAACCACCUGGGUUCAACUUCUUUGCGUGCACUUACACUUCAGCCCCAUGAAGCCAUGGUAAUCAAACUGUUUAAGGCAGGAAGCUACUCGUAGAGCUUCGGAGUAGUUGUUUGUAUUGAGAUUUGUGUGAGCUUUUCUCUAAUAUCUGAAAAUAGUUUUUUAAAGUUCUGAUAUGUGCUGAGAAUAAAAAUAAUUUGUGUGCAUAA